CUCGACGUUCACAACAAGUCACAGAUACAACCUUUCAAAAAAAGCUAAAAUCUAUUUUUCAAGCAAAUAAGCGGGAGUAUGCAUCUAAUACUAUUUGGCUUGCAACCAGUAUUUCGCAAAUUAGUCAGAUAUCAUUACGUUUUACAGUAGAAUUUAUGCAACAGCAAGAUAUUUCUACAUUACAUACUAAUGCACUAUCAUUUGGAGUCUUAGUUGACGAAUCUACACGAGGUGAAGCAAAGUACUUUGUUUUAUGUUAUCAGUUUUGGAAUCAAAAGGAUCAAGUACCUGUUAUAACUGUAGCUCAUUUUGAGGAUAUUUCUAGUUGUAAUGCAAAUACUGUAUCUAAUACUGUUACAAAGUUUAUACAACAAGAUGGCUUGUCUUUUGAUAAAUGUGCAUUAUAG